GGUUUUUUGUCGCCAUUGUCGCCAUUGCCGUCGUUUUCUCUCUUCUGCCUCCCACUCUCUCUCGUCAACAUCUCGCCAUCAAUUGUCAUUGUGUGAUCCUGCCCCUAGCCUUGACCGAACGCAAUUGGCGCGGCCAAGUCCCUCUGCAGCCGACCGACCACUCGCAGGAAUUAACUGGAGCCUCUUCAGCUCGUAUUCCGACAGAAUCGCCUGGCGACCAACCAGUCCGUUCCACCGCCCUGGUCGACCCGUAUCCCCUAGACGCGACAGCACGAUUUCUUUUGCGAGGCAGCACAGCAGCGGCGUUGCCGAGACGAAGAUACAAAAGGCCGGCAGUUGAGCAGCAUUUCCCCGGCGAACCGCUGCUUUAAACUGGUCCUGCCAUCCACAGAUCUUUCGGCGAACAGGCCGUAGGACUGGGGGAAGCUCCAUUUGGCACAAGAAUCAGCGCCUGGCCCUGUCUGUCGUUUAUCCAACUGCCUAUCCAGCAGCACAUCAUCACAGCGCUUCAACAUGUCCAACGGGAGUGCGUCAAACGUUAUCCGCAGGAAGCUCGUCAUUAUUGGAGACGGUGCCUGCGGCAAGACAAGUUUACUCAGCGUCUUCACACUUGGAUAUUUCCCUACACACUAUAUCCCAACCGUCUUCGAAAACUACGUAACCGACUGCAGAGUAGAUGGAAAGUCCGUGCAGCUUGCCCUGUGGGAUACGGCUGGUCAGGAAGAUUACGAACGUUUACGGCCCCUUGCCUAUUCCAAGGCGCAUGUUAUCCUAGUCGGCUUUUCGGUUGAUACACCCGAUUCUCUUGACAAUGUCAAGCACAAGUGGAUCGAAGAGGCCACCCGUCUUUGCGAAGGUGUACCCAUCAUUCUCGUUGGGCUGAAAAAGGAUCUGCGAGAUGACCCUGUUGCCAUUGAAGAGAUGCGCAAGAAAUCCCAACGAUUUGUCACAGCCCACGACGGCGAAGGUGUUGCCCGAGAAAUCGGAGCCAAGCGAUAUCUGGAAUGCUCCAGUUUGAGCGGAGAGGGCGUCGACGAUGUGUUUGAAGCCGCCACCAGAGCUGCCCUUCUCACAUUCGAGAAGGGGGAGACUACCGGUUGCUGUGUCGUCCUGUAA